CCGGGGACAGGGCCGAGGGGCCCCGGAGUCUCGCAGCCAUGCCGGGGCCGCGAACCCUCGCCAACCUGGUGGAGUUUUUCUUCAAGGACGGUUUCAGCCGCAUUCACGAGAUCCAGACCGAGACAUGGUGGCUCAGGUGCUCCGGGCGGAGGGGGCCGCACCCCAGAGAGCCAACAUGGAGUCCUGGCAGGAGUACCGAGACUUACGAGGGAGAGCCACCGGGCUCAUCUCAGCGGAGGGUGAACAGUGGCUCAAGAUGAGAAGUGUAUUGAGACAAAGAAUUCUGAAGCCAAAAGAUGUGGCCAUUUUCUCUGGAGAAGUCAACCAAAUUAUUGCUGAUUUGAUUAAAAAAAUCUACAUCCUCAGGAGCCAGGCAGAAGAUGGAGAAACAGUGACUAAUGUCAAUGACCUUUUCUUCAAAUAUUCAAUGGAAGGUGUGGCCACCAUCCUUUACGAGAGUCGCUUAGGCUGCCUGGAAAACCACGUCCCUCAGACGACAGUGGAAUACAUUGAAGCCCUGGAGCUCAUGUUUAGCAUGUUCAAGACCUCCAUGUACGCAGGCGCCAUCCCUAGAUGGCUCCGCCCCUUCAUCCCAAAGCCCUGGCGAGAAUUCUGCAGGUCCUGGGAUGGACUCUUCAAAUUCAGCCAAAUUCAUGUUGACAACAAGUUGAGGGACAUACAGUGUCAAAUGGACCGGGGUGAAAGGGUGAGAGGGGGACUUCUCACAUACCUCUUCCUUAGCCAGACCCUGACGCUGGAGGAGAUCUACGCCAACAUGACUGAGAUGCUGCUGGCCGGUGUCGAUACGACAUCCUUCACGUUAUCCUGGGCAGUGUAUCUCCUGGCAAGGCACCCAGAAGUGCAGCAGAUGGUGUACCAGGAGAUAGUCAAGAAUUUGGGGGAAAGGCAUGUUCCAACUGCAGCAGAUGUCCCCAAAGUCCCACUGGUUAGAGCUCUCCUGAAGGAAACCCUGAGGCUGUUUCCGGUGCUACCAGGGAAUGGCCGGGUCACCCAAGAAGACCUGGUUAUUGGCGGGUAUCUGAUCCCCAAAGGCGUGAGUUUGGUGGCCAUGGCAGAGGUGUGGGGGUUCCAUUGGAAAUCUGCUUCUACAUUCAGGAGACCCAGCUGGCCCUCUGCCACUAUGCCACCUCCUAUGAGGAUGAGAACUUCCCUCGGGCCAAGGAGUUUAGGCCUGAGCGCUGGCUGCGAAAAGGAAGCCUGGACAGAGUUGACAAUUUUGGGUCCAUCCCCUUUGGUUAUGGGGUUCGCAGCUGCAUUGGGCGAAGAAUUGCAGAACUGGAGAUUCACCUGGUCAUGAUCCAGUUGCUUCAGCAUUUUGAGAUCAAAACAUCUUGGACUAAAGCUGUUCAUGCAAAAACCCAUGGGCUUCUGACGCCAGCGGAGCCCAUCCAUGUGCGUUUUGUUAACAGAAAGUAAGCCUGGGUUUGGAACCUGGGCUGAUGGAGCAGAGCCAGCUUGCCAGCAUGCACUGGGUGUGCAUGUAUUGCUGAUCGCAGCAGUGGAGGAGGGACUCUAGAGGCUGUCUUGUGAUCGACUGGCCUUCUAGGCUAUUGAAGACUUGGAAAUCAUGCUAAGGAAUGUAAUGAGAUGUAUAAGAACUGAGACUAUGACAAUGUAAAAUUGUGUUGCCUGAUGUGUUAUUCAGCUUUCUGUUACUGUAACAAAUAACUGAGAUACAUAAACUUCAAAAGAGAAAAGGUUGAUUUUUGGCUCACCUUGAUGGAGAUUUCAGUUCAUCAUCAGGUAGAUCUUUUGCUUUUAGACUUUUAGUAGGGGAGGACAGCACAUCAUGGCAGGAGUGUGUGGCCCAGCCAACCGUUCACUUCAUGGCUGGAACAUGAAAGAUGAAGAGACUGGUGUCCUACAAUCCUCUUUGAGGGCGUUCUCCCAAUGAUCUAAGGACCUCUCACCAGGCCCCCACCUCUUAAAGGUUUACCCACUCCAGAUAGCACCAAGCUAGGGACCAAGACUUUAACACAUGAGCCUUUGGGGGACAUUUGAACAUUCCAGAUCCAAACUAUAGCAACUAAGUUGAGAGAAAUAAAUCAGUCAUCAUGGAAACAGUGUAACAUUAGAAUAUUUUUAUUUCAAGGAAAAAUAAGUAUAUAAUAGCAUGUUCGUAUGUCAUUUUAAAUAUUCAUACUGGAAAUGAGAUCCAGCUGUUGGUGCUUAUUUGAGGCUCUAAUGGGAAGCCUUGGCUCUCAGGAAUAUUUGUUGUGCUAAGUUCUGUUGCCUUUCAUGCUAUUUCCUGGUGCUAAAGGGGAAAAAAUAUGUGAUUUUAUAAUGUUCUCUCCUUGCUUUCAUGCCUGAAAUGUCCUAUUCCCAAUUCCAUGAUUCUUGUUACAUAAUCUUUAUCAAAAAUUUAUCUAAUAUAUACCAUACAUCUUUCCUCCAUUCUACAAAAUAACUCUUCAACAAAAUGGAAAUAAUAUCCUUUCAUAUGCUAUUUUUAUAAGGCACAUGAUAAUGUUGAAAUCUCUGUGCGAUGAUAGACUAACUUAAACAUAAAUGCUGUAAAAAUAUAUACAGUUAAAUGUGAAACCAUGUCCUAAAAUCAGCCAAGUGUGGAAUUACUUUGAGGUAGCAGCAUAUAUAUUGACUUUUAUAGAUGAGAUGAAAUUAUAUUGUUUGAGAGUGAAAUUUAAAAGGUAUUGAGAAUUACUAAUCAACUCAAAGUGACCUCUUAUUGGCUGUGCACACAGUGUGACCUUCUAAGGAAGCGUAGCCCUACCUGGAGUUAAGAAGAGUGAAUGGUGAAGUGCAGGUCAGAGGGUGAAGUCCAUCUUCCACCAAAAUCAAAGUAUAAAAAUAGACGAAAAUAGACAUUAGGAGCCUCUGGUGUCAGGGUACCUCAUGAAGCAUUCUAGCCAAAGAAAUUGAAACUGAAUUGGAUAAAUCUCUAAAUCUACUACCAGUUUAUGUGUAUACAGGGUAGAGAGGGACAUAACAAAACUAUAAGGAAUGCAACCAAAGAAAUCCUGAAUAGAGACAGUUCCUGAUUUACGAUGGUUUAACUUAAAGAUUCUUUGACUUUAGGAUGAUGGGAAAGUGAUAGGCAUUCACUAGAAACUGUACUUCCAACUUUGAAUCUGGAUCUUUCCCUGGGCUAGGGAUAAGUGGUAAGAUCCUCUUUUUUUGAUACUGGGCAGCAGCAUCAGCCUUGGCUCAGUUGACCCCAAGAUCAUGAAGAGAAAAAAAAAAAGACAAUCCUCCCGUGUGGGCUGUGGUGCUGAGAUAGGAUGCGGGGGGUAGAUGAGCUGUAAAAACUUGGGUUUUUCAACAAGUAAGUGUUAAGAAAAAAAAAAAAGAAAGAAAUAAAGGGAGAACUGUUAGAGAAAAAGAAAUUUAUGAGAUUUAUCAACCAAGAGCAAUACUGGUGUUAGCUUGAAUCAGAUUCAAGUAAACAACUUAUAAAGAGAUUUAAAAAAAAUAAUUAUAAAAAAAGAACCAAACAAAUCCAUGGAGAGAGAAGGGAGGGGGAUGAAUUGGGGAAAUCUGAACACUGUUUGUAUUUGAUGAUAUUAAGGAAUUAUUGUCAUUUUGGGGUGUGAUAAUGGAAGCUGUGUUUUAAAAAAGACUGAUCUUAUCUCUUGGAACUAUCUUUAAAGAUGCAUAUGUUUAUGGAUGAAAUGUUAUAGCAUGUUGAAUUUGCUUAAAAAUAAACUAGCUUGCUGUGGGCAUGGAUGAUGUGUGUGUGGGAAGGUGUGGAGGCCCAGGGAGGAAGAAACGAACCAAAUGGGGCAAAUGUUGCUAGUUGUUGGAGCUGGUGAUGGGUGCAUGAGGGUUCAUAAAGUUAUUCUUUGUA